AUGUUCCACCUCUUCUCCCACUGCUGGUCGUGGCUGCAGGCCAUACAGGAGCCCGUCAGGAAGGUGACCCUCCUUGUCAUGGGGCUGGACAAUGCGGGGAAAACCUCCGUCAUCGCGGACAUAGAGAGAGCGCUGGCCGGGGAGGUGCUGCCCGGGGCGCAGCCCGGCCAGAGCCGCCUGCGGGUGGACAGGUUCGAGGUGACGCUGCGGGACCUGCCCGGCGCUCAGCGCUCCCGCAGCGCCUGGCGCAGCCACUACAGCGAGGCGCACGGGCUGCUCUUCGUGCUGGACUCCGCGGACCUGGCACGGGUGGAGGAGGCCCGCAAGGUGCUGAGCCGCGUCCUGAGCCACCCUGAUGUGUCCGGGAAGCCGCUCUUGCUGCUGGCCAACAAGCAGGACGCGCCGGCCGCGCUGCUGCCCUGCGAGCUGAUCGAGCGGCUGUGCCUGGAGCGCCUGGUCAACGAGAACCGCUCUCCGUGCCGCAUCGAGCCCUGUGUCGCCAAGCGGGUCCCCCCCGCCGGCCCGGCCCGCAGCACCCUGCAGGGGCUGCGCUGGCUCCUCCCGCGCCGCCGCCGCCGCCCCGGCCCCGCCGGCCGCCGCCCCGGUGCCUGCCGCCCCUCGGGCCGCCCGCGGCCGCCCGCCCGCCCGCAGGAGGAGAGCGCCAAGGGCCCCAGGAGGAGGAAGAGGAAGGUGAAGGUGAAGGUGAAGAAGAAGGGCUUGGGGCAGCCAGGCCCAGCCGAAGAGCCGGAGGGGCCGGGAGUAGGGGCUGCCGGGGGGCUGCUGCUGCCCAACAGAGUCGGGCAGGAGGAGCCCACAGCCAGCGGGACGGCCAUCCUACACCCAGCACAGGGUAUGAAAAAGAAAAAAAAGAAGAAACUCAAGAAUAAAAUCAAGUCACGGGAACCUUCUCUGGAGCAGCAGCGUGAGGAGGUGUCAAGCACCUUUGAUUUGUACCGCCGGGCGAUGCUGGCUCUGAAGAUGAGGCAGGAGCAGAGGAAGCAGCCGUCGGCCAUCGCCCCCUGA